GUGGGAGAGGAGCUUAGAGCAGAUGAAGCUCCUGCUUACGAUGGUCAUCGUGCCCUUUGCCGGGAAAUUUAUGGGCAGGAAGUUUGCCUAUUGGAGUACGAACCCUCCUUUAUUCCUUGCCUCGCCAGCUUCCCAGAAAAGAAAAGAACAGAAACAGAAACAGAAACAGAGAGGAGAACCAUAUGAUGAUGAUAUGACUGACAAUUGUUUGCACGCAGGUUGGGCUCGUUAUAUGGAAUGGAUGCACAACGUCGAGAUCCGGUGGACUAGCAAGUCCCGAUUCAACAUGAUCGGCGCCGUCGAAGCCGCUGCUACACUAUAAAAUACUGGCAAUAUCGACUCUUCCCCCAAGGCGGCGAGACGUCAUUAUAUCGAGAGAUGGCUGUCUGGAGUGUACAUAUGGAGUAGUGAAAUGGGCUGGUUGGCGUUGCGGAGUUGCUUGAUCUUGCUGGAACACCCGUUGGACACAGCUAAAACAGGAAUAAAACAAAAAAGCGGUCGGCUGUCAUGUCAUAUACACCGCCUAGCCUGCUAAAAUACCGUACAUUACCGAUUAUGGUUUCCCGCAAGCUGACCAGGACGCGGUAGACUUCGUUUGGGGCAAUUUAUGAGCGGUAGCUUUCCCUGCACUCUGUAUGCGAGGCAGCAAGCCUGGCGUCGGACG